AUGUAUCAUGCCAUUAAAGAAUGGGGUGGAACUCCUUUUGGCUUUAUUGAUGAUGUAACUAUUACCGUUGAAGGUAAAAUUGAAGAAAAUACCAAAAGCUUAAGCAACAUAUUAGAAAAAUGUUGUAAUUGGGCUAAAUCAAGAAUGACCAAAAUUGAUUUGGGUGAUAAAUUGGGUUUUAUUCAUUUUACAAAAAAUGUGAAACCUAAAGAUGAGAAAGUGCAACUUACUUUACCUAAUGGAGAACUUCGUGAACCCCAGAAGGAAGUUAAAUUGCUUGGAAUUACUUUGAACAAUCUGCUUGAUUUUAAAUCUCAUAUUUUGAAUAAAAUCAAUAAAGCAAGAAAAGCUGUUGGUGCUAUUUGGCAUCUUGGUGGCGUGCAAAAAGGUAUGCGAGGGUCUGCAGUCAGAUCACUGUAUAUUGCUUGCGUGAGACCAAUUGUCGAAUAUGGCUUAGAAAUUUGGCAUCAUAAAAUCUUGAAAGGAGAAAUCCACAAGUUGGAAGUGAUGCAGAACAUGGCUUUAAGAAGAAUUGUUGGUGCUUAUCGCACAACUCCUAUUGCGGUACUACAAAAGGAAGCUGGUAUUAUGCCAUAUAGUAUUAGGCUAAAAUUUAUGGUGGCACGAAAAGCUAUUCGUUUACACCUAAAUAUUAGCAAAACUAAUCCUAUUAAUGGUCAUUUGUUAACAUUGAUUGAGAAAUCUCCAAUUGCAAAGCUAACCACGCUUUACAUGUUGGCGAAAGAUGAUAGAGACUAUAUGAUUAAAAAGGAUGAAAAACGAAAAUGCAAGAGGGUUGAACCUCUUACACUGAAACAACAACAAAAUCAGACGAUUGGAAUUUUGAAGAAACAAGCAAUGGAAGAAUGGCAAGAAAUGUAUUGGAACAGCAGUAAGGAUCUGUGGUAUCAUAAUAUCACAGUGGAGUCGAAAAUGUACUGA